CCGAACCGCAUCCUCAGCCGAGACGGGCAGCGUCGCCAUUGGCUGCGCUGGAAGCCAGCUGCGCUCUCACUGGCUGCCUGCAUCGGCCGAUUGGGCCGUGAAGGAAGUGCGGAGCGUGGCGGUAGCUGCGGGAUGAGCGCCGAUGGAGCUGCUGCCGGACCCCGCGCCCUUGGCCAGCAGGCUGCAGGACACUCUGCUCCGCUAUCACAGCAUCGCCGACAGCGAGUGGCGGGUCGCCAGGAAAACGAAAGAUGCGGUAGUGUGGCGUAAACCAUCAGAGGAAUUCAGUGGAUACCUAUACAAAGCUCAAGGUGUGGUAGAAGAUGUUACUAACAGGAUAGUGGAUCAUAUUCGUCCUGGACCUUAUAGGCUGGACUGGGACAGCUUAAUGACUACAAUGGACAUCGUGGAAACAUUUGAAGAGAACUGCUGUGUGAUGCGCUACACCACUGCUGGACAGCUCUGGAACAUCAUAGCACCAAGGGAAUUUGUUGAUUUCUCUUAUACUACAAGCUAUAAAGAUGGGCUUCUUUCAUGUGGUGUAAGCCUUAACUAUGGAGAGGUGAGACCUAAUUUUGUCCGUGGAUUCAAUCACCCAUGUGGCUGGUUCUGUGUCCCUCUUAAGGACUGUCCUAGCCACAGCCUUCUGACAGGCUAUAUUCAGACUGAACUGCGAGGGAUGCUACCUCAAUCUGCAGUAGACACUGCCAUGGCUAGCACACUGGCCAAUUUCUACUCUGACCUCAAAAAGGCACUGAAAUCAUAGACAAAAAGUGACUUAGAAGCCUUUGCAUUUCUUGCAAUCAAAUUAUAUUGAUUAGCUUAAUGUAGGUUAAGUACUGAUCUUAAAGGUGAAUAACAUUGUUUGUGAAUGAUUCCUGAACCUUUCUGUAGAGGAAUCCAUACAACUUUAAUGUGAUACUUAGAAUACAUUCCUCUUUCACAGCACAAGAUCUUGUUUCCUGCUUAGCACACUGUAGCUGUGUGAGGAGUAGUCUGAACCUGUAAAUCCCUUACUUCCUUGUGUGGAAAACAGAAAAUAUGAAUGUGAACUUUAAAAGUGAAUCAGAACCUUAUCUCUCAACAACAGUACUGAGAGUGGAGUGCUCAGGAUUUUGUGGGUACAGGUUGCUAUACAGACAGCAGCUUAUAGGAGAUGCAACUUUGUUAUAUAUAUAUAUGUAUAUAUAUUUAUUUUCAUUUACUUUAAAUUUUUAAUGUAUGUAGUUUGUACUGAUGUGUCUUUAAUUUCUGUGUUAAAAAUUUACUUCGACUUAUCAUUGAGAUGGUCCAUACUUAUACUGUUAAACAAUAUUAUUCAUAAGAAAGCUUUUCAAGUAUUCGAUAUCGGCAUUUCUUUAAUGUUGUAACUAUAGCUUGAUACCUGUUGUAUAUAACAGACUCAGUGCAUAGAUAAAGAAAUGCCCUUACAGCUGAUCCAAAGCUCCUUUAAGUCAUGAGAUGUCUUUCCAUAGUUUUUAGUGAACUUUUAAUCACACAUGUAAUUGUCAAAAUAGCAAACCUGAAAUGGUUCCUCUGUAGUACUUGGCACUUCUAAAUAUUUAUUUUUACUAAUUUUUGCAUGGAAUUGUGUUUUAAUUUUUGUAUUCCUUAGCUGAAAACCCUACAGUUACUAAAACUGCAGACAGUACCACUAGGUUGCUUAGGCAUAGGUUUAACCAGAGCAACACAGACUACCAGUACUGUUGAAAUUUGCAAUAAGCGAACUGAGCAUCUUAAAAUAUGUCUGGCUGAAUGUCAAAAUACAAGCUGUAGAGUUGCUCAGAGCCACAGGAAUGUGGAGGGUCAUGUUUUAAAGGAUAUUUGACCACCUAGCAAUGCUGAUAGGUGUGGGGACUUCGAAAAGUCUACUGUCUGUGGUGCUAGGUCUUUAGUUCUCUUUAAAACCUUACAUUGAGCAUUCAGUGUUGGUAUGCAUCCAUUUCUCAGGUGAGACUGUAAUUUUCCCUGUGCUUUACCAGUGCAGGUGCAGCUGUGUUGUAGUUUGGGAAGGUACCCUGUAUCCCUUGUGUUUUGAGGCCAGUUGUGUACAUAUUGUUUUGGUAGUGGACUCAAAGGAAAAUGCAUUCAUAUGGAAGAUGUUCCUCUGGAAUACUGGCUUUUUGGGCAUUAGCCACUGUAGCUGAACUCUGAAUCGUAAGGACUUUUCUUUCUCAAUGCUCAAACAGAAGUGUAGAAAAAAAAAAAAAUAAAGACACCAAGUAGUAAGGGUUCUUCAAACUUGCUUCGAGUGUUAAGGUAUACAGUACUGUUUAAAAUGCUUAAAGAUAAUGGCAUGAAACAGCCUUUGUUGUCUUAACAGACAGAAAAUUCACUUCUCUGUUGGGUUUUGUGUAUUCUUCUGUUCCUUUUAAACUCCUUGGUUAGUCUUCCUGUAUUUCCUGUCUUCCUUGUUUCCUUCACACCCUGGAAAUUCAGAGGGUUCUCAUUCUGAGGGUACUCAUACUGAGUAAUCACUUUUCCCUGUGUGCUAGAGUAUGCUGCUUUCUAGUGGUACUUGCAUAGAAGUAAGAACAAGCCCUAGCAGUACUGCUCUGAGGGAUGAGUGCUUACAUGAUUACAAAGGAAGCUGUGUGAGGUGUACCUUAUUUGUUCUUCCCAAUUACACAGGCUACAUAGUCAUUACUGUGCAUGUUCAUUGUCUUUUUUUUAAGGCUUCAGGGGCUAGUUGAGGGGUUGUGAUACAGAUAUAUAGUACUUAAUGUCUUCAUAAAGAGCUCAGUUUAAAAUCUAAAGAGGCACUUCAGUGCUGGAAAAGCAGGUCAAAAGGAGCAUGAGAUGCUUGUAGACAUGAGGAUGAUGUUUGCAGAGCACUAGAUGUUGUAGAAAGGAUCAGAAGGUCCCUGUUCAAAUACCCUGUUUAAGGACUCUUGAUUCUCUAUAGAGCCAACCUAAUUUGUACGAAGUGAAAUAGCCUUUUAAGCUUCCAGGUGAAGAUAGGCUGAUGAAGUACAGAGUAGCCAAAGAAAGACAACUUGUAAGAAAAUCCUUGGCAUAUUUUAAGUAUGAUGAUGUUUUAUAUUAUGCUUUUCUUCAUGUAUGUUUCUUUUUUAUCAUCAGAGUUGUUUUCAAGUAACAGGCCAAGUGAUGGAAAGAUGUAGUUAAUGAGGACAAUUAUCUAAAAGCCAAAUGGGCCUUUUGUUUUGCAUUAUGAUGCAUUAUAAUUUGUUCUUUGAAUAUGAAGUAAACUGGCUUUUUAUGUUUUAAUAGUUAUAGUCUGUUGCUUCUGACAUUGAUUUUGAACAUUCAAGUGAAUAACAAUAGAGAAUACAGGAGGCAGAGACCAGAGCCAGAUCUUUUUAUGUCAUCAUAAUUCAAUUCUUCAGUUUUCAGAUGAAGAAAAUACAUGGAAAGUGCCAGCAAACCUUAAGGUUUAUUUUGGAUAUUAUUCUCUUGCUUCUAAAAUUUUUCUGGUUUAAGAAUGCAGUGAUGAACAAUGUGCUGAUGACACUAAUGAAGUGAUGCAUUGCUGAUACCUCUUCACUGAUCAUUUGAAGCAGUUGAGCUAUAGAAUAACAGAACUGUAAGAAACAUGUCUGGUUUCACAGCCUGUUAUAUUUGAAAUCACGUCUUUGUUUUCGUAUAGUUAGGGAUUGAGAGGAGUGCAAGGUAUUGAGGCAAAGCUGUUCUUUAGUCAGAGUACAUUCAGAAACAAGAAAGCCAGUAUCAAGUACCAAUCAGAUCAGAAGAAUUUCUUUCCCCUCCCAUGGCAUUGCUUUCCUCCUAAGUCAGUGAACAGUCUGGAUGGAACAAGACAAUACAAAGUAGGAAGGGAUUUGAGGGUACGAAGCACAGGAGCACAUACUGUGCUUAUUAGGAGAUAGCAGAAGGCAAAGUAAAUUACUUCAUAUGGUUUGCUGUCAUCAGAACGGCAAUAGAAUUUAUGCAAGUUUGUGAGGUUUGCCGGAUUCUCUGUUGUUGGGAAGAGGCACAUGCUGCCUUCAGUACCUGAACUCAGAGUUUCAGCAGAACAGUGUCGGCUGAAAUCAGCUUCUGAAUGAGGUACCCAAGAAUAAAUGGCAGAUAGAUGCCAGUUUUUGCUAGGAAAAUAGCAUGUGUGUAGACACAUCAACACUAUUUUUAUAUGGCUAGUAAUUUAAAAAAAAAAAAAAAUCUAUUCAGGGGCUUAGGCAAUAUAUAUUUGAUUAUUUUGUCUGUCAUUUUAACUAUGUCCUGUAUGUGUGGGUGGAAAAGAUGACUUAAGAUAAGACAAUCAUUAUGUUUAGCUUUUAUUUAUCAUCCAAAGCCUCCAGCAUUGAGCCUUCUUUGUUACUGUGCUGCUUAUUUUCUUGGUGCAGUAGGAAGAUGUUGGGCUAAGUGCAAUGUUGGUGCAGCCCAAGGUGCUUCACUACACCAGGAAGUGGUGGAGCAGUACCUCAGCCAUAUACUUCGGGGACAGCACAAGCCCUAGUCUCAAAUUUGAUUAGUUUGCUCUUUAUAAUGGAUCAGAUUGUGAAAACAGUGUAUUCCUCCAGUGAUCAUAAAUAACUAGAACUGUUUUGGUAGUGUGAGCUAGUUAUUCAAUUUACAGGUCCAUUGUUGAAAAAGUAGCAAUAGUUCUAUUGAACCCAGUCAAGUUAGGCCCGUGUUUAGAAAAUGAAAGUCAGUCUGGCUUAACAGUGGUUUGAAUGACUGUGUUAAGUGCUUAAGGUAUUUGUGUUUAUAUUUUGAAUGCAAUUACAGAAUAAAUUAAAACAAGAAUGCUAACAGAGUCAUGGCAUGGCUUUUUUAAUACCUGUGCAGGUAGUUUAGCAUUCAGCUACUAUGUGGGAGUGAUGUCUAAUGAUGUAUCUCAUUUUCAGCUGUGUGGUGAUGUCUCUAAUGCUAUCAGUCUCUAUAUAUUUAAAGGCAAAAAACAUGUAUCUUUAUUUAGAGUCAUGAUUCAGCCUGGGAAAAUGCACAAAACAACUUGGAUUUCUGCUAAAUUAAAAUUUCUUGGAAAAUAUGCUGA